AUGGACCCAUUGGAAAACCCUCCUCCGAACCCUCGGGCAAUCAAGAUUCCUCUGUACAACAAGAACCUUACAGGCUAUUCUACCCCGCGACGCAGCCAACGCUAUGUCAAGGAUGCUGAACGAGCCGAGACGUCCGACGCAGGCUCUUCCUCGCUGAGUUCUGACCAGGAAUCAGCAUGGUCAUACAGCCCUCUCUCGGGACAAACCCAAGAUUCUCUACAGACCGUAGCAUACCCUUCCUCCAAAGUCGGCCGAUUCCCGGUGUCGUCGAUGUCUCCAGAAGAGCCGGAAGGUCUCCAACGAAAGGACAAACACAGGGCCGGCUGUCCUCCGCCCAGCAGCAUGUCCAUGCUUCUUAGCCAAUCGUCCUCACCUCUCGGUCCUUCCAUGCUCUCAUCCAGUUCCUACAAAUCGAUCAAUCUAAACUCGCGGUUCGACGAUCCUGACGAGCCUCCACGUCUGAUAACCUACACGAAGCACAGUCAAGGAUUCACUUGGAAUGACGAGUUGUUCUUGCCAAGCUACAUGCUCGGUCGCUACGGAGAUCGGGGUCGGAAAAAGCAAUAUGAUGGGGACUUUGGGGAGCAGGACUAUUGCCCUGUUGCAGAAAUAUUCGUCACGGACGAGGAAGCUGAGGCCAUGAUGCCAUGA